CAGCAGUCGGCUCAGCUCUCCAUUUCAAUCCGGUCUAUUCUGUUUAUCGCCUCGCCGUCCACUCUGACCUUUUUAGACCCGUUCUGAAGAAAUGGGAACGCCUUGAUUUAAACCACCGGCAUCGGCGAUACAUACAAAUCUUCACCCUUCAGUUGGACCUAGCAAAUCUUAAUCCAUACCGCGGAUUGUCUCUGCCAAAAAGAAAUACGGUAAAGAGACUACAUGUCCCAGAAACCCCUGUGAGAGCGAGUGACUUGUCUGUGUUUCCUCUCUCCCUCCGUCCGGUUGGUUGGAUGAGUCCCAAACAGCAACAGUACUUUGAGCAGUGAUUGGGCCCUGAGCCAGACCGGGUAGCCAACGGGGAGCCAGGCUAGCCAUCAUGGCGGACGUGGACCCAGACACCCUGCUGGAAUGGCUGCAGAUGGGGCAGGGCGAUGAGCGGGAUAUGCAGCUCAUCGCUCUGGAGCAGCUCUGCAUGCUGCUGCUCAUGUCGGACAACGUCGACCGUUGCUUCGAGACUUGUCCUCCUCGGACAUUCCUCCCGGCGCUCUGUAAGAUUUUCCUGGAUGAGAGCGCUCCGGAUAAUGUACUGGAGGUCACGGCCAGAGCCAUUACUUACUACCUGGAUGUGUCGGCAGAGUGCACCCGGAGGAUCGUGGGAGUGGACGGCGCCAUCAAGGCACUCUGCAACCGGCUGGUGGUGGUAGAGCUCAACAACAGGACCAGCAGGGACCUGGCCGAGCAAUGUGUCAAGGUGCUGGAACUGAUCUGUACCAGGGAGUCUGGCGCUGUGUUUGAGGCCGGUGGCCUGAACUGUGUGCUGAGUUUCAUCAGAGACAGCGGCCAUCUGGUUCAUAAAGACACUCUGCACUCAGCCAUGGCCGUGGUGUCCCGACUGUGCAGCAAGAUGGAACCCCAGGACUCGUCCCUGGAGACGUGCGUGGAGUCGCUGUCCAGCCUCCUCAAACACGAAGACCACCAGGUGUCAGAUGGUGCUCUGCGAUGCUUCGCCUCAUUGGCUGACAGGUUCACUCGCCGUGGUGUGGACCCCGCCCCUUUAGCCAAACACGGCCUGACGGAGGAGCUGCUGUGUCGCAUGGCGGCUGCCGGCGGCACAGUGUCAGGCCCCGCCUCCUCCUGUAAGCCUGGCCGGACCUCAACGGGCGGCGCCCCCUCGGCCCCAGACUCUAAAGUGAGCAACCAGGUGUCGACCAUCGUCAGCCUGUUGUCCACGCUGUGCAGGGGAUCGCCACUCGUCACAUAUGACCUGUUGCGUUCCGCGCUGCCCGACUCGAUGGAGUCCGCUCUGGGAGGAGACGAGCGCUGUGUGCUGGACACCAUGCGGCUGGUGGACCUCCUGCUGGUGCUCCUGUUUGAGGGACGAAAGGCGCUGCCCAAAUCCACAGCAGGGUCGACGGGUCGAAUCCCCGGCCUGCGACGCCUGGACAGUUCAGGGGAGAGGUCACACCGACAGCUUAUUGACUGUAUCCGCAGCAAGGACACGGAUGCUCUGAUCGACGCCAUCGACACCGGCGCUUUUGAGGUGAACUUCAUGGACGACGUUGGACAGACGCUGCUUAACUGGGCCUCAGCUUUUGGCACACAGGAAAUGGUGGAGUUUCUAUGUGAGAGGGGCGCGGACGUCAACAGAGGUCAGAGGUCAUCCUCACUACACUACGCUGCUUGUUUCGGACGUCCACAAGUAGCCAAGACUCUGCUGCGUCAUGGAGCCAACCCUGAUCUGAGAGAUGAGGACGGGAAAACUCCUCUGGACAAGGCCAGGGAGAGAGGACACAGUGAGGUGGUGGCUAUAUUGCAGUCCCCUGGAGACUGGAUGUGUCCGGUGAACAAGGGAGACGACAAGAAGAAGAAAGAUGUGAACAAGGAGGAGGAGGAGGGCAGCGAGCCCAAAGGAGACCCAGAAAUGGCUCCGAUCUACCUGAGGAGACUUCUGCCUGUUUUUGCACAAACCUUUCAGCAAACCAUGCUGCCUUCUAUUAGGAAAGCCAGUCUGGCUCUGAUCAGGAAGAUGGUUCACUACAGCAGUGAAGUCCUACUGAAGGAGGUGUGUGAUAGUGAGACGGGACACAAUCUUCCCACUGUGCUGGUGGAGAUCACUGCAACUGUCCUUGACCAGGAGGACGAUGACGACGGUCACCUCCUGGCUCUGCAGAUCAUCAGAGAUCUGGUGGAUAAAGGUGGAGAUGUUUUUCUCGAUCAGCUGGCUCGACUGGGAGUCAUCAACAAGGUGUCCACUCUGGCUGGACCGGCGUCUGAUGACGAGAACGAGGACGAAACCAAACCUGAGAAGGAGGAGGAGGUGCAGGAGGAUGCAAGGGAGAUCCAGCAGGGGAAGCCGUAUCACUGGAAGGACUGGUCUAUCAUCAGAGGGAGGGACUGUCUCUACAUCUGGUCGGAUGCUGCUGCACUCGAGCUCUCAAAUGGCUCCAACGGCUGGUUCAGGUUCAUCUUGGAUGGGAAGCUGGCCACUAUGUACUCCAGCGGAAGUCCAGAGGGGGGGUCGGACAGCUCCGAGUCUCGCAGUGAGUUCCUAGAAAAGCUGCAACGGGCGAGGAGCCAGGUGAAACCUGUAACAGCCAGUCAGCCCAUCCUGUCCAGUGUGGGUCCCACUAAGCUGACGGUGGGGAACUGGUCUCUGACCUGCCUGAAGGACGGCGAGAUCGCCAUCCACAACUCAGACGGACAGCAGGCCACCAUCCUGAAGGAAGACCUGCCGGGCUUCGUGUUCGAGUCCAACAGAGGAACUAAACACUCCUUCACCGCCGAGACCUCACUGGGCUCAGAGUUUGUGACGGGCUGGACUGGGAAGCGAGGCAGAAAGCUAAAGUCGAAGCUAGAGAAGACGAAGCAGAAAGUGAAGAGCAUGGCGAGGGAGCUGUACGACGAUCACUUCAAAGCUGUAGAGAGCAUGCCCAGAGGAGUGGUGGUUACCCUGAGGAACAUCUCCACACAGCUGGAGUCCGCCUGGGAGCUGCACACCAACAGACAUUGUAUUGAAGGGGAGAACACGUGGAGGGACCUGAUGAAAACCGCUCUCGAGAACCUGAUCGUAGUUUUGAAAGAUGAAAACACGAUUUCUCCAUAUGAGAUGUGUAGCAGUGGCCUAGUCCAGGCUCUUUUCACUGUCCUCAACAAUAGUGUGGAACUGGACCUGAAACAUGAUUGUAAGCCUUUAAUGGAGAGGAUCAAUGUCUUUAAGGCGGCUUUCAGCGAGAAUGAAGACGAUGAAAGCCGACCAGCUGUUGCCUUAAUCCGUAAACUGAUAGCUGUCCUGGAGUCAAUAGAACGUCUACCUCUGCACCUGUACGACACUCCAGGAUCCUCAUACAACCUGCAGAUCUUGACAAGGAGGUUGCGGUUCCGUCUGGAGCGAGCGCCAGGCGAGACUGCUCUGAUCGACCGAACUGGUCGCAUGUUGAAGAUGGAGCCGCUCGCUACUGUGGAAUCUCUGGAGCAGUACUUGCUGAAGAUGGUGGCAAAGCAGUGGUACGACUUUGAACGGUCAUCCUUUGUCUUCGUAAGGAAGCUGAGGGAAGGACAGACCUUCACAUUCAGGCAUCAACACGACUUUGACGAGAAUGGAAUCAUCUAUUGGGUUGGAACUAAUGCCAAGACGGCCUAUGAGUGGGUAAAUCCCGCUGCUUAUGGCCUGGUGGUGGUGACAUCAUCAGAGGGGCGGAAUCUCCCCUACGGGCGGUUGGAGGACAUCCUGAGUCGGGAUAGCUCCGCCCUCAACUGCCAUACCAAUGACGACAAAAACGCCUGGUUUGCAGUUGACCUCGGCCUCUGGGUCAUCCCCUCAGCGUACACCCUGAGACAUGCCAGGGGUUAUGGCCGCUCUGCACUGAGGAACUGGGUGUUUCAGGUGUCGAAGGACGGUCAGAACUGGACGACUCUCUACACCCACGUAGACGACUGCAGCCUGAACGAACCGGGGUCGACAGCCACAUGGCCUCUGGACCCAUCAAAAGAUGAGAAGCAGGGGUGGAGACACAUCAGGAUCAAACAGAUGGGGAAGAACGCCAGCGGUCAGACUCACUACUUGUCUCUGUCUGGACUCGAGCUGUACGGCACUGUCACUGCUGUCUGUGAAGACCAGCUCGGUAAAGCUGUGAAGGAGGCGGAGGCGAACCUUCGCCGGCAGAGGCGACUGUUCCGCUCCCAGGUGAUGAAGUACAUCGUCCCGGGGGCGCGGGUCGUCCGUGGCAUCGACUGGAAGUGGCGCGACCAGGACGGAAACCCGAGUGGAGAGGGCACCAUCACUGGGGAGGCUCACAACGGCUGGAUUGAUGUAACCUGGGAUGCUGGCGGCUCUAACUCUUACCGUAUGGGCGCUGAAGGGAAGUUUGACCUCAAGCUUGCUCCAGGGUACGACCCUGAGUCGGCUGCCACAGCGCCGUCACCCAAACCUGUCUCAUCCACUGUUUCAGGCCCCGCCUCCUCCAUGGUGGGACCCUCUGUGACGCCUGCAGCCAGUGGCGGCACCACCACCACCACCUCCUCCUCGUCCUCCUCCACCUCCUCGUCCUCGCAGCAGCAGUCGUGGAGCAGCCUGGUGAAAAAUAACUGUCCCGACAAGGGCGGGGCCACAUCGCUCGGUGGGGCCAGCUCCUCCAGCAGGAAGGGCAGCAGCAGCUCUGUCUGCAGUGUCGCCUCGUCCUCCGACAUCAGCCUGAGCUCAUCUGCAGGGCUGCCAGGUGCGGGCGGUCUGCGUCUGGAGAGGAGGGCCGAGGGCCUGCUGCUCGACCAGGGCUCCCUGAUGGGAGGAGUAAUGGGGGGUAGCUCUGACGGACAUCAACAGGAGCCGAUUGUCGUGCUGUCCUCUGCAGUAGAGGGCGGGUCCGGCUCAGCUUCGAGCUCCGGCACGCUCACUGCCGACACGUCUGCCCCCGGCGACGACGGCAGAAACAAGGACUCCACAGACCCAGCAACGGCCAUCUCCAUGGGGCUGGUGAGCGUCAGCUCCCCCGACGUCAGCUCAGUGUCGGAGUCAUCCAGCAAGGACACGCCUUCCCAGAGGCCUAUGUGCUCUGCGGCUAAUGCCCGGCUGUCUGUCAGCUCCCUGCUGGCUGCUGGCGCCCCCAUGAGCUCCAGCGCCAGCGUACCCAACCUGUCGUCACGGGAGGCCAGCCUGAUGGAGUCCUUUGUCCGUCGCGCCCCCAACAUGUCACGUACAAACGCCACCAACAACAUGAACCUUAGCCGCAGCAGCAGCGACAACAACACCAACACGCUGGGCAGGAACGUCUUGAGUACUGCCACUUCUCCUCUCAUGGGCGCUCAGAGCUUUCCUAACCUCACCACCACUGGCACCACCUCCACUGUUACCAUGUCAACCUCCAUAGUAACCAGCAGCAAUAACGUAGCCACCGCCACUACGGGUCUGUCGGUGGGCCAGUUGCUAAGCAACACCCUGACCACCAGCCUCACAUCUACGUCCAGCGAGAGCGACACGGGCCAGGAGGCCGAGUUCUCGCUCUAUGACUUCCUGGACAGCUGUCGCGCCAACACACUAUUGGCUGAGCUGGACGACGAGGAGGACCUCCCUGAGCCCGACGACGACGAUGACGAGAACGAAGACGACAAUCAGGAGGACCAGGAAUACGAGGAGGUCCUGGAGGAGGAAGAGUACGAGACCAAAGGAGGUCGCAGGAGGACGUGGGACGAUGACUUUGUCCUGAAGAGACAGUUCUCUGCUCUGGUCCCCGCCUUCGACCCCCGACCAGGAAGAACCAACGUCCAGCAGACCACCGACCUGGAGAUUCCCCCGCCAGGAACUCCUCGUUCGGAGGUUCAGGAGGAGGUGGAGUGCGCUCCGUCUCCUCACCUCUCUCUCACACUGAAGGUGGCGGGGCUGGGUACAACCCGGGAGGUGGAGCUGCCUCUUUCCAACUACAGGACGACCAUCUUCUACUACGUCCAGCGGCUGCUGCAGCUCUCUUGCAACGGUGCCGUAAAGACUGACAAACUGCGACGCAUCUGGGAGCCCACGUACACGAUAAUGUACAGAGAGCUGAAGGACUCUGACAAAGAGAAGGAGAGCGGAAAGAUGGACUUAUGUGAACACAGUAUUAGUGUCGGGGGUCGCUCUGGCGGUCUGAGCCCGAGCUCUGUUUCAGCCAAUCAGAGCAGUGAGAUCCUGUGCGUGGCCAGAGAGGUAGCACAGGCAAAGGCGGGCUGCAGCCAGAACGCCUGCGGCGUGGAGGACGUCCUGCAGCUGCUGCGCAUCCUCUACAUUAUCGGAGGAGACGCCGCUUCCAAUGCACGCACUCUGCAGGAGGACUUCGACGAGCUACAGUUCAAUGCUUCUCCAGAGGAGUUCACCAGUAAGAAGAUCACAACCAAGAUUCUGCAACAGAUCGAGGAGCCUCUGGCUCUGGCCAGCGGAGCUCUGCCCGACUGGUGUGAACAGCUCACCUCCAAGUGUCCUUUCCUCAUCCCCUUCGAGACCCGACAGCUCUACUUCACCUGCACAGCUUUUGGAGCAUCUAGGGCGAUCGUGUGGCUCCAGAACCGGCGCGAGGCGACCAUGGAGCGCUCUCGGCCGUCCACCACGGUGCGUCGGGACGACCCCGGAGAGUUCAGGGUGGGUCGGCUCAAACACGAGCGAGUCAAAGUCCCCCGAGGAGAAGCCAUGAUGGAGUGGGCCGAGUCCGUCAUGCAGCUCCACGCCGACAGGAAGUCCGUGCUGGAGGUGGAGUUUCAGGGUGAGGAGGGAACAGGUCUCGGUCCGACUCUGGAGUUUUACGCUCUGGUGGCUGCAGAGUUUCAGAGAACAUCUCUGGGUAUCUGGCUGUGUGACGACGACUUCCCUGACGACGAGUCCCGACAGGUGGACCUGGGUGGCGGUCUGAAGCCUCCGGGUUUCUACGUGCAGCGCUCGUGCGGCCUGUUCCCAGCGCCGUUCCCUCAGGACAGUGAGGAGCUGGAGCGAAUCACCAAGCUCUUCCACUUCCUGGGCGUCUUCCUGGCCAAGUGCAUCCAGGACAACCGUCUGGUGGACCUGCCGGUCUCUCAGCCCUUCUUUAAGCUGCUUUGCAUGGGAGACAUCAAGUCCAAUAUGAGCAAGCUGCUGUACCAGUCUCGCAGCUCGCCGCAGGGUCACGACCCCGAGCGACCCUACCUGCAGCCCUUCCUGCUGCUGUCGGAGAUGCAGUCAGAGGCGUCCACCGAGGAGAGCCAGGAGACCUACUCUGUGGGCAGCUUCGACGAGGACUCCAAGUCUGAGUUCAUCAUGGACCCCCCGAAACCCAAACCGCCCGCCUGGUACCACGGAAUCCUCACAUGGGACGACUUCCACCUCGUCAACCCACACAGGGCCAAAUUCCUGAAGGAGGUGAAGGAGCUGGCGGUGAAGAGGCGGCAGAUUCUGGCCAGCAAGAGUUUAUCUGAAGAUGAGAAGAACACAAGACUGCAGGACCUGAUGCUGAGGAACCCACUGGGCUCCGGACCCCCCCUCAGCAUCGAGGACCUCGGGUUGAACUUCCAGUUCUGUCCGUCCUCGAAGGUUCACGGUUUCUCUGCUGUGGAUCUCAAAUCAAACGGAGAUGACGAGAUGGUGACUAUGGAGAAUGCAGAGGAGUACGUGGAGUUGAUGUUUGACUUGUGUAUGCACACCGGCAUCCAGAAACAGAUGGAGGCCUUCAGAGAGGGUUUUAAUCGAGUCUUUCCGAUGGAGAAGUUGAGCUCUUUCAGCCACAAGGAGGUUCAGAUGAUCCUCUGUGGCAACCAAUCACCUUCCUGGACUGCCGAUGACAUCAUCAACUACACUGAACCAAAGCUGGGUUACACCAGAGACAGUCCCGGCUUCCUGCGGUUUGUCAGGGUUUUAUGUGGGAUGUCGUCAGAUGAGAGGAAAGCGUUCCUUCAGUUCACCACUGGCUGCUCCACGCUGCCCCCCGGCGGCCUCGCCAACCUGCAUCCCCGCCUCACCAUCGUCAGGAAGGUCGACGCCACAGACUCGAGUUACCCGUCGGUCAACACGUGCGUUCACUACCUGAAGCUUCCCGAGUAUUCCUCCGAGGACAUCAUGAGAGAGCGUCUGUUAGCUGCCACCAUGGAGAAGGGCUUCCACCUCAACUGACCGCCCUCCCCCCGACCACCACAACCGUCGCCGCCGUCACACUGAGCAUGCUCCUCAAGUCUGUCUCGCCGCCCGCCGUGUGAUUGACAGAUCAGCCAGCCAAUCCAAACCAGCCGACUGACCUGACCGCCUGCUGGAGGACGAGGAGGAUCUGUGUUGCAGUAUAAAAAUUAAAGAAAAGCUUGCAUCCUCCCUCCUUCAUCCUCCUCACCCACCUGAGCUGCUGUGAGUGUGUGUGCGUGUGUGUUGACCUUCCUCCUCCUCCUCCUCCUCCUGUCUGUUCUCAGUUUAGUGCCUGGGUUGACUCGUAGCUUCUGUUUUCAGUUCCUCCUCCUUCAAACAAUCAUGCUUCUUCUUCCUCCUCUUCCUCUUUUUUGUUUUUGUUUUAUUGCUUUUUGUUUCCGUGUGUGUGUGCGACAGUUUUGAGUUUCUGACUGGCUGUAGAGGUCAAAGGUCAGAGUGCAUUUGGUGUUCUUUUACAAUGAAGCUAUAGAGACAAAAAACACUGGUUGUGUGCGAGGCACAUCUAAAGAGAAAAACAGAUGUAAGAAGCUCUGCUCUCCCUUGUAUUUUCUUUGUAUAUUAUAAACAUUUAUUUAACUCAAGUUGCAGUUUAAGGUAAACAGAUAUUUUCAAAUGUGUAUGCUCCAAAAAAAAAUAAUCAUUAAAAUGUUUGCAAAGUAUGAAAUAAA